GCGCGGUACUUCCUCAAACGGUACAAUCACAGAAGAAAGCCAGCUGCUCUGAGGAAAGUUUUUCUCUUCAAAAGAGCUGUGUCUGAGAAAUAAGCCAUUUUUAAGAUGGCCCCUUUCUUGAGGAUUGCAUUCAACGCCUAUGAUCUUGGCACGUUUUCGGCAAUGGCUGAGGCUCCUUUCUGUGCCGUCAAAAUGAAGGAAGCACUAAGCACUGAGCGAGGAAAAACGUUGAUCCAGAAGAAGCCCACCAUGUUUCCUGCCUGGCGGUCCAAUUUUGAUGCACAUAUUUUUGAGGGACGCGUCAUACAAGUUCUACUCAUGAGGACUGCAGAGGAACCUUUAGCAGAAGUCACAGUGGGCGUGUCUGUUUUGGCAGAACGAUGCAAAAAAGCUAAUGGACAGGCAGAAUUUUGGGUUGAUUUGCAGCCUUCCGGGAAGGUUAUGAUGUCUGUUCAGUUCUUUUUGGAAGACGACAAUAAAGAGUGUCGCCAGUCAGUAUUGGUUGAGGAAGAAGCACCGACUAUUAAUCGUCGUCGUGGAGCUAUUAAACAGGCUAAGAUUCAUUGCAUUAAAAACCAUGAGUUUAUUGCCACCUUCUUCAGACAGCCCACCUUCUGCUCUGUGUGCAGAGAUUUUGUCUGGGGUCUCAAUAAGCAAGGUUACAAGUGUCGACAAUGCAAUGCAGCCAUUCACAAGAAAUGCAUUGAUAAAAUUAUUGGAAGGUGCACAGGCACCGCAACUAAUAGUCGAGACACCAUGUUUCAGAAGGAGCGGUUUAAGAUUGACAUGCCACAUCGCUUUAAAAACCACAAUUACAUGAGUCCCACCUUUUGUGACCAUUGUGGUAGCUUGCUGUGGGGUCUUGUCAAACAAGGUCUCAAAUGUGAGGACUGCUCCAUGAAUGUCCAUCAUAAGUGUCAAACUAAAGUGGCCAACUUGUGUGGCAUUAACCAAAAACUGUUGGCGGAGGCUCUAACUCAAGUCAGUCAGAAAUCAACAAAGCGCCCUGAAGCCAACCCACAGGACAUUGGAGUGUACCAGGAUUUUAACAAAAGCCCAGGACCAGAUGUUAAUGAUGGGGCUCCUUAUGGUCUUCUCUGGGAGGGUUCAAGUCCUCGCCCACCUUCUCGAAUCUCCCACCAACCACGCAUGACUGCCGAGCAUUUCAUUUUUCAUAAAGUACUGGGCAAGGGAAGCUUUGGCAAGGUGUUGUUGGCGGAGUUAAAGGGCACUGGUGAAUGGUUUGCAGUGAAGGCGUUAAAGAAAGACGUAGUGUUGAUUGACGAUGAUGUGGAGUGCACCAUGAUAGAAAAACGAGUGUUGGCUCUCGCCUGGGACAAUCCGUUCCUUACACACCUCUACUCCACUUUUCAGACCAAGGAGCACUUGUUCUUUGUGAUGGAGUAUCUGAAUGGAGGAGAUCUGAUGUUCCAUAUACAAGAGAAAGGACGUUUUGACCUGUACAGAGCAACGUUCUACGGAGCUGAAAUAGUGUGUGGCCUGCAGUUCCUUCAUUCCAGAGGCAUUAUUUACAGGGAUCUUAAGCUGGAUAAUGUUAUGUUAGAUGGCGACGGACACAUAAAAAUAGCUGAUUUUGGAAUGUGCAAGGAGAAUGUGUUCGGAGACAACCGGGCCACUACGUUCUGCGGAACUCCAGAUUAUAUCGCUCCUGAGAUUUUGCUGGGUCAGCAGUAUACGUUCUCGGUAGACUGGUGGUCAUUCGGUGUGUUGGUAUACGAGAUGCUGAUUGGACAGUCGCCAUUUCACGGUGAUGAUGAGGAUGAGCUUUUUGAAUCAAUCCGAAUGGAUACACCUCAUUACCCUCGCUGGAUCACAGUGGAUGCGAGGGACAUGUUAGAAAAGUUGUUUGAGCGUGACUCAUCAAGGCGUUUAGGAGUUGUGGGUAAUAUACGAACCCACCUCUUUUUCAAGACUGUCAAUUGGUCUGCUCUGGAAAGCCGAGAGGUCGAACCUCCCUUCAAACCAAAAGUGAAAGCUCCAAAUGACUGCAGUAACUUCGACCGGGAAUUUUUAAGCGAGAAACCCCGUCUUUCACACUGCGAAAAAGGUCUGAUCGAUUCCAUGGACCAGAACGCUUUUGCUGGCUUUUCCUUUAUUAAUCCAAAAAUGGAGAAUCUUCUGCAAAAGUGACGAAUUUAGCGUUUUCAGUAUUCAGAUGAAUUUGAGGUGCACCCAGACCAAUAAUGAGCACUAACUUAAGACAUAAAAGCUGUCUAGUCAGCUUUUAACUGAGCCUGUUAAAAACAUAAUAUACAUUUAAAGCCAGUAUAGUCUUUUAGUGUUAGUGACAUUGCACUCCUGUUGGAUUUUAGGGUGCCCCAAUUGAGAUGCAGUUUUUAACUUUUCCUUUCAAAGUUAGCUUGGUUAGUUCAGACAUAACAAUUAGAAAUGCAGGGACACUGCUGUUUAUUUAUUUAGGAAUAACGUUAGUCAAUGUGUCAAAAAUAAAAAAGGUCAGAGUUUAUACAGAUAUUGUUUAAAUUGAUAUGUGCAUGCUACAGUCAUGGUUUAUGUUCAGUCGUUGUUUCCUUCUAUGAUGUGUGCCUGAUCCAGAUGUGUGUGGUUGUGUAUAUAUGUACUGUAAUAAUUCGCACAGGGUCAACCAGAAUUUUUGUUGAAUGAGUGCGUUGUAAUAGUAUUAAACAAAUAUAUUGUAUUUUUAUUAGUUUGGGAAAAAGUCUAUAAUGUAUGUGAUACAGAAAUAUUGCUAUCUUAGCAAUAGUGUGUUAUGUGUUUGAUGUUUUAGUGUGUAUAUUGUUGCUUUUAAAUAAAAUGUACUUAUUACACGAUCAAAUAACAUGCAUGACUGUUUUUAGGAUGAUUAACUUCAUCUUAGCGUCCAAAAAACAUUUCCAUGGUGAUAAGACACGCUGGUAUAUUUUCAUACAGUUUUAGGUAAUUUUACAGUAAAGACAUGUGUACCCGAAAUGUGAUGUUAGUCUCAUUUGAUUAAAGACAUUGUUGGUAACACAUGGUCAGAUUGUGUCUAAUUUAGGAAGGCAAUACAGUAUGUCAAUGUUAUAAAUGUGACAUAGCAGCGAAGUGCCAGUUUAGUGCCAACACCAGGGUCAUGGGUUCAUAUCCCAACAUCACAAAGUGUGUAUACUUUGAAUGCGCUGUAAGUCUGUUCUGAGAAAUGCAAAAAUGUGAAUUAAAUGUAAAAAAAAAAGUAUGAGCAUGUAAAGGUCAGGUACACAUGUACAUAUUUUUUUCAUGAGUCUUAUUUCAUUAAUUGCAUAUUUUUCAUGAAUUUUUAAAGGCAGAUGACUCUUAAGCAUUGUUGUACACUAAUAAAGAGACACAUUGAGUCUG